AGCUUGUACGACGAAUGCAAUUACACAGUGACAUUGACAUUCUCAUUUAAGUUUCAACUGAAAGAAGUGACAUUUUUCGGGCGCCUAGUUGACAAGAAUAAAAAGAAAUCAUGGGAAGACACGGUUUUCCAGUUCUUAACCAACAGUUUCUUGUUGACGAAAAAUACGUAUUUUUACGAGAAUUAGGACAGGGUGCUUAUGGCGUUGUGUGUGCUGCGCGUAACACACAAAAUGGGGAAGGAGUAGCUAUCAAAAAGGUCACAAACGUUUUUAGCAAAACUAUUCUUACGAAACGCGCAUUACGAGAAGUUAAAUUGUUACAACAUUUUAGAGGACACAAAAAUAUCACGUGCCUUUUUGACAUGGACAUUGUCAAUCCUCAUGAUUACAACGAAAUAUAUCUUUAUGAAGAAUUGAUGGAAGCUGAUCUUCAUGCAAUCAUUCGUUCUGGUCAACCGCUUACGGACGCGCAUUAUCAGAGUUUCACAUAUCAAAUAUUAAAUGGAUUGAAAUAUAUUCAUUCAGCUAAUGUAUUGCAUCGCGAUUUGAAGCCUGGUAAUCUUCUCGUCAAUGCUGAUUGUGAACUUAAAAUUUGUGAUUUUGGACUUGCACGUGGAUUUUCAGAAGACCCUGCAGCAAAUUCUGGAUUUAUGACUGAAUAUGUUGCUACACGGUGGUAUAGAGCCCCAGAAAUUAUGUUGAGUUUCCAGAGUUACACGAAAGCCAUUGAUCUGUGGUCAGUCGGGUGUAUUCUUGCAGAAUUAUUAGGCGGCCGACCGUUGUUUAAAGGACGAGAUUAUGUCGAUCAAUUAAAUCAAAUUCUACAAACCCUAGGAACACCUAGUGAUGCCACUUUAACAAGAAUAGGAAGUACAAGAGCACAAGAAUAUAUUCGCAAUUUACCAUAUAUGCAUAAAACAACGUUUCAACAAUUAUUUCCGAAUGCAAAUCCUUUAGCAAUUGACCUAUUAGAACGUCUAUUAACUUUUGACCCUGCUCAACGUAUUACUGUUGAAGAAGCUUUAGAACAUCCAUAUUUAGCUGUGUGGCAUGAUCCAAAUGAUGAGCCGGUAUGUCCUGAAUUUUUCGAUUUCUCUUUUGAGACAGUAGACGAUCCUGAUCAGAUGAGAGCUAUGAUUGCACAAGAAGUAUUAAAUUUCCGCGCAACAGUCAGACGCCAUCAAGUACCGCAAUUAAGUGUUGCAACUGGAGCUAAAUCAACAAAUUUAUCAAAAAUUCCAGAUAGAGAUACUAUUCUUAAUUCUCCUACAGUAGUACGAGGUGAUCCAGAUGCGCUUGUUGCUGGCCAUUAUCAACCAACGGGACUUGAUAGUGCGGUGAUGAGCGAAGAUUUAGAACGAGAAUUAAGUGGUGGAAUUUAAUAAACGUUGUAAAACACUCAUUUUUUUUCAUUCGAUUGAUUAUUUAUUUGUAGGAAAGUUAUUAUUGGAAAAUUAAAAAGAUAUAUAUAUAUAGAGAAAAUAUAAUGAUAUAAUGAUUAAAUGGCAAAAUCUAUUUUAUUCACGUUUGAAUUUUUGGAUAAACAUUU